GCGAGCUGCCUGAAAGACACGGCUACCAACUUGAAGAACAACCAAGGAUUCGCCAUGAACAUCAUCAGCGAGGCAUUCAUCGAGAAUGUAAAUGCGACUGCCGUAGACGCUCCUCCCGAGUUCGACGAGUGGGCUCUCAGCGAUCUGACAAAG